GUAGCAGAGAGCAAAGUGUAGAGGAGUGAGAAGGACAGGUACACACAGCUUUACCAACACCAGAGCACAGUUAAGUGCUCGCAGGUAAAAGGAGACGUUCUGAAGUCGCUUAGAAAAAAAUCUGAGCGCAGUUGUGCAGUUCAGGACUGGACUGGGACCCGGUCUGGUUUUAAAACUGGACUAUGGGAGCUGCCUUAGGGACCUGUGCGGUGGCUCAGUGGGCUCAGUGCUUGUGCUGCAGUGCAACAUGCCUUGCCUGCAGAUGCUGCCCACACAGCAAGAACUCCAUCGUGACACGCGUCAUUUACGCCUUCAUCCUGCUGAUCGGCACCAUCAUUGCCUGCAUCAUGCUGUCGCCUGGCGUUGAGCAACAACUUAAAAGGAUCCCCGGGUUCUGUGAGGGUGGAGCUGGGUCCAGUAUCCCAGGCGUCGAAGCUCAUGUUCAGUGUGAGACAUUUGUGGGCUACAAAGCUGUAUACAGAGUCUGCUUUGGCAUGAGCAUGUGCUUCUUGGCCUUCUCCCUGAUCAUGAUCAACGUGAGGAACAGCAGAGACCCUCGAGCUGCUCUCCACAAUGGCUUCUGGUUCUUCAAAAUCGCAUUUAUUAUUGGAGUCACAGUCGGUGCCUUUUACAUACCGGAGGGGCCUUUUACCCGAACUUGGUUUAUUGUUGGGACUUCUGGAGCUUUUGUCUUCAUUCUAAUCCAGCUGGUUCUUCUUGUGGACUUCGCACACUCAUGGAACGAGUCGUGGGUGGAUAAGAUGGAAAGUGGGAACUCGAAGGCGUGGUCCUGUGCCUUGUUCUGUGUAAUGGGACUAAACUACGCUCUGUCCCUCACUGCCAUCAUCCUCAUGUACCUCUUCUACACUCAGCCGGAAGAGUGUGCGCUCAACAAGUUCUUCAUCAGCUUCAACAUGUUACUGUGCAUUGGAGCUUCUGUGAUCUCCAUACUGGACAAAGUACAGGACUCUCACCCCAGAUCUGGGCUUCUCCAGUCUUCUGUCAUUACUUUGUACACCAUGUAUCUGACCUGGUCAGCCAUGACAAAUGAGCCAGACCGCACGUGCAACCCCAGCCUUCUGAGCAUCUUCCAGCAGAUCACUGAGCCCACACUCGCCCCAGUGGAGAACCAGACGUCCGUGAUCAUCAUUGAAGCAGAGGAACCUGAGCCCUCAUCCCCUUACUUGCAGUGGUGGGACGCCCAGAGCAUUGUUGGACUGGGCAUAUUUGUCCUCUGCAUUUUGUACUCAAGUAUACGCUCAUCCAGCACCAGUCAGGUAAAUAAGCUGAUACUGGUCUCUAAAGAUAAGGUCAUCAUCGAGGACAGUUCCCCAGGAGGCUCCGGCGAGGUGGAGGAUGGCUCUGGCCCAAAGCGUGUCGUAGACAAUGAGAAGGAGUGUGUACAGUACAACUACUCUUUCUUUCACUUCAUGCUCUUCCUUGCUUCACUGUACAUCAUGAUGACGCUCACAAACUGGUACAGUCCUGAUGCUGACUAUAGUGACAUAGGAAGCAAGUGGCCAGCAGUUUGGGUAAAAAUCUCAUCCAGUUGGGUCUGUCUCACCAUAUACAUCUGGACACUGAUCGCACCAGUGAUACUCCCAAACAGAGACUUUACGUAGACGUGCUCUCUUUAACCUUUCAGCAUUCAUCUGUGGAGCCUUUACAAUGGAAAGAUGAUUACAUCUCACAUUUUUUGUCUUUACACUGUAGAUAUGAAAUUACACACUCUUAAAAAUAAAGGUUCCAGAAUGGUUCCUGGCUGGGAUGCACAGUUCUAGUAUAACCCUUCAUUUGAUAGCAAACCUUUACAUUAUUUGGAGGUUCUUUAAACCUUAAAAAGGAUCCUCACAUUCAAACAGAUCAUUUACCAAAAUGGUUCCUUAACCGUUUUUCACAGUAGCUACAGAAUGUCCUGCCUGCUUUGGAGGUCCCUCAGUUGUCUAAUGCCUAAUGGAAUAUAUUUCAAUGGAUCUACAAACUGGAUAUGAGCUCCUUGGUGAGCGAGCAGGUCAAUAUUUAUAAGUGUUUUUUAUUGUGUUUACAGAACUGUUUGAUAUGAAGAAAGUUGCAGUUGUCUGUUUUAUCUCAGCAUGGCCAUCUUUGUGGAGAGGUGUGAAUUGUUUAUCACAGCAGGGGGUUCUUACUCCUCAUUGCUCGCUAGCAGCUCAACAGAGUCACAGUUCAUGCACAGAGAGACAGCAGAGUCCUAGUUCAUCUGAUAACAGAGUUACGGAGAACAAACAUUUUAUUUGAUUAUAUUAAUCAAAAAUAUCUGAACUGAUUUCUGUUCCACUGGCAGAAUGGCCACUAGGGGGCACUGCAGAAAGAGGUUAAAGAACCAUCCAUCGGAAGUUUUAAAACUGGUUCUUCUGUGGCUUUGUUCCAAAAAGCAUUUCGAACACCAAAAAUCCCAAAGAACACCUUUAUUUUUAGGAGUGUUGAACUGACUGUAGAAAUGUAAAAUGUCAGUGCUGCCUUUACUAGUAAUAAAACGAAUUACUUAGUAUAUUUAGUAUAUUUGUACUGAAUACAGUUUUGUAGCACUAAUACUGUGCAGUUGUGCAUUUUUAGCACUUAAGCACACAGCGCUGCAUCAUUUAUAUACAAAACAGUGCCAUCUCUGGACACUAUCAUGCAUCUAGCAUUCUGAUUUGCACUAAAAUAUUAAUGCAAAAAAAGCACAAAAUAAGCACAGAAUGAUACUAAUAUGAAGUAUCUCCUGUGAUUUGCAGCACUUAUCUACCACUUUUUAACAUUCCAUAUAUUUUGAUAAUUACAUAUAAGAUUAAUCGCAGGUAAUUUCAUACAAACUAGACUGGAUGUUUGCAGGUGUUUGAUUUGUCUGUUACAUGUAAGUAAGGACCAAACAAAUGGAUGAACAAAUACAUUUUAUGUCAUUUUAUAUUUUAUUACGCAUACCUUACCAGAAAACUAUGUGAUACCACAAGUCAUUUUGUAAAAUUAGAAUUUGUACCAUUUUCAUCACUGUACUAUUGGGUUAGAUGUGCAACCAUGCAAACCAUGACUCUUUUCUGUUUUGUGAUUUCAUUUUUUCUUUCUCGCAUGCUCACAGUAACGUGUGUAGCAAGCAGAAUAUGCAUAUUUUGGAUUUAAUUAAGUUGCAGUUGUCAUGUGUGGAUAAUGUCCCGACCAAAGCCUUGUAAGUUGUGAAUGUGGUUUAUUCUAUUAACGUUUAUGAGAGAAUAUCGUUCAAUUGCAUUUUUACAAUUGCUGCCAAAGAUAUUUACUUUUAUUUUUGAAUGUACGUUUUACUUUUCAGUCUCACACAAAUGUACUUCGAAUAAAGGUAGAAAAACCGAAAGGCACCUCAAA